AUGAUGAGACUAGUAUCCCUCAUUUUUGCAGGCUUUACCGUUUUCAGUGGCCGUAUUGCUGCAAAUGAGCCGUCCUCCGAUCAGCAAAUCCAGGACCGAGUCAAGGGGCUCAUGGCGACCAUGGACUUGGACGCGAUGCUUGGCCAGAUGACGCAACUGGAUGUGACCACGAUCCUGCAUCCGAACCGCACCCUCAAUCGUGCAGUUGUCCAUGAACACGCGAAACUCAAUGUGGGCUCGUACUUGAACACGCCUGGUGCUGAACUGAACGACACAAACUCGAACUCGACCUACAAUUUCUCCCCCAGAGAGUGGCGUGAGUUGAUCACGGACAUUCAAGCCAUCUAUGCCAGCCACGGCAGCCACCCUGUCAUCUAUGGAAUCGACUCGGUCCAUGGGGCUAACUACAUUCGUGGAGCAGUACUUUUCGGACAACAACUCAACGCCGCUGCAACAUUCAACCCGGAGCUGGCCUACGAAAUGGGUCGAAUCACUGCCCGAGACACCGGAGCAGCAGGAAUCCCGUGGUUAUUUGCGCCGAUCCUUGAGAUCUCGCAUAACCCUCUUUGGGCGAGAACGUUCGAGACUUUCGGAGAAGACCCUCACCUGGUGUCGGUUAUGGCUGACGCUGUCAUUCGAGGUAUCCAGAGCAAUGGCACUACGGCAGCAUGCAUGAAGCAUAUCAUCGGGUACUCAAGAACACCAACAGGCCACGAUCGUGCAGGCGUCACAGUUUCCGACUUCGAGCUCCUCAAUCGCUUCGCACCUCCUUUCUUGGCUGCCAUUAAAGCUGGUGCCAUGACUGCCAUGGAAAGCUACAUUUCUAUCAACGGGGUCCCGGUUGUUGCCAACACCAAAAUCUUGAGAGAUUUAGUGCGUCACGAUAUGGGCUUCGACGGACUCAUCGUUACAGACUAUGCUGAAAUCCAUAAUCUCCACGCAUGGCAUCGAGUUGCUAAAACGGAUCGAGAAGCGGUCCGAAUGGCGCUGACGAACGCUCCGUUAGACAUGAGCAUGGUGGCACUCAACACGUCAUUCGUCGAUAUGGCUCGCCUUGCCGUUCAGGAGAAUGCCGAGCUGAUGAACCGUGUAAACGAGUCGGUCCGUCGGAUCUUCACGACCAAGGUAAAGCUAGGUCUGUUUGACAACGCGUUACCAGGAACGGAAGACGAUAUCGCUCUCGUCGGCGGAAGCGAGAGCCAACAGGCAGCACUGGAACUCGCACGCGAGUCCAUCGUUUUACUCAAAAAUGAAGACGGAAUCCUUCCUUUGGGUGCGAGCACUGAGGUCUUCCUGACGGGACAUGCGGCAGACAAUGUCGGUCUCUUGUGUGGAGGGUGGUCUCUUCGCUGGCAAGGUGUGUCGGGAAACAGUCUCUUUCCAAACGGCAUCUCGCUCCGCCAGGGAAUCGCAAAUGUACUGCACACGAGUUCUGGCGUUGUCCACUAUGUCAACGGUCUACACCCCAAUGGCUCCUACUCUUCGGCCGAUCUCGAGGAAGCCAAGUGCCUUGCAAGAAGAUCGACUUACACGAUUGUCGCCAUUGGUGAGGGCGUGUAUGCAGAGAAACCGGGCGACAUAGACGAUUUGAACCUACCGCUGGGUCAAGUGGAGUAUGUUCGCGAAAUUGCUGCCACCGGUACGAAGGUGAUCCUCGUUCUGGUACAAGGACGUCCCCGGCUGCUCCAGGGUCUUGCUGAAAUUGCCCACGCAGUGGUAUACGCUAUGCUUCCUGGUGAGCUGGGUGGUCAAGCACUCGCUGACGUCCUAUUUGGACGUGUCAACCCGAGCGGACGACUUCCCAUUACAUACCCGAAGACGUCAGCAAACAUUGCGAUUCCUUACAACCACCUUGUGAGUACGCGCUGCCGUGACGAAGGGUCAUGCAAGAUGGAGUGGAACUUCGGACACGGGCUCAGCUACUCUGCGUUCAAGUAUGGCAACGUUUCGCUGAGCAGGACUACCGUACCAAACAGCGGCGACACCUCACUCGAGGUCAGCGUGGCAGUCACAAACGCUGGCUCGAUGGCCGGAAAGGAGACGGUCAUGUUGUUCCUCAUUCAACCAUUCCGCGCUAUUUCCGUACCGGAGGCCAAACAGUUGAAAAGAUUCGCGAAGAUUCAUCUUCAGCCAGGUGAGACGCGAGUGGUGUCGUUCACUCUUUCUCGCGAAGACUGGGGUGUGCUUGACCCGCAGAUCGGCUCUGGAUUCCACCGCAUCGUCGAGGCAGGCGACUACUUUGUUGCCGUGAAGCCUGAUACGGAGUGCGACGUCUACGGCGGUAUCAAAUCGACGCCCAACGCACUGUGUGCACAUUUCACGGUUCAAGACAUCUAA